GGGCCCGGCGGGGCCGGGGAGCCGAGAAAAGCCGGCUCUGGGCGCCCCGAACAGCGGACGGUUCUCCGCACGGCCGGGUCAGGUCAGACCGGGCCGCCACGUCCGCUUGUACUGACCGAGUCGCCGUUCACGUUCAGGCAGAAGCGGGGCGGGCAGCGAGGAGCUGGCAGGAAGGGCUUCUCUGGCCCAGGGUGAGGCCAGCCGGCCCCUGUGCUGCCUCGGUCGUGCCUGCGCUCGUGCUGCUGACGCUGUGACAGCACUGAAAGGACCGUGCGUCUCCACCAGCUGCACGUUUGUAGCUCUGCCCCUGGGGACAGUCCCACCGUCAGCGGGUUGCUCCGAUGCUAACACCGGGUAAUCAACCCUGUUGAUCAGCUCCCGCGGCUUUGCAUGAGCUGUCACAGGUCAGGGUCCUCUGCAAACGACACUGUACCAGAAGGAUGUAAAAUCAGAGAUUUAGGGCCCAAAGAGACCUGUAGGGCAUCUUCAGCCUUCCUAGUCUAUGUUGGGGGAAACUGAGACCCCCGUGAGCUCAGUUGGUCGCACCUCGUCUGUGACGAGCCCACUGCCGGCACCAAGGGAGCAGCUGUGAGCAGCACCAGGCGCCCGCUCUGCAGACGGCCCCAGUGGGGGACACGGGAAGUAAACAGUCGGCGCGUUCUGGGCCCUGAGGGGGCAGCAGGCGUAGGGCCCUGAGGGGGCGUGAACCUGGCGCUGCAGCCGCCGAGAGAGGCCGCUGUGGCUGGAACCCAGAGGCCAGAGCCGGAGGCCGGCAGAGACGACGGGAGUGGGCAGGGGAGGCAGAAAGCAGAUCCUUCAUUCAUUCAGUCACGUUUAGGAAGCACCUGUGAUGUGCCAGGCACUGUUCCAGUUUCCCAUCACCAAUUGUUCUUGGAAUUGGACAGAUGGCAGUCACCAUAAUGAUACUGUAUGUGUCCAAGCUAAAUAAAAUAAUUCACUUCCCUGAUUUUGACAAGAAAAUUCCUGUAAAGCUGUUUCCUCUGCCUCUCCUCUACAUUGGAAACCACAUAAGUGGACUGUUGAGCACAAGCAAAUUAAGCUUGCCGAUGUUCACCGUGCUCAGGAAAUUUACCAUUCCACUUACUUUACUCCUGGAAAGCAUCAUACUCGGGAAACAGUAUUCACUGAACAUCAUCACCAGUGUCUUUGCCGUCGUUCUCGGGGCUUUCAUAGCAGCUGGUUCUGACCUUGCUUUCAAUUUGGAAGGCUAUAUUUUUGUCUUCCUGAAUGAUAUCUUCACAGCAGCGAAUGGAGUUUAUACCAAACAGAAAAUGGACCCAAAGGAGCUGGGGAAAUAUGGAGUGCUUUUCUACAACGCCUGCUUCAUGAUUAUCCCAGCUCUUAUUAUCAGUGCCUCCACCGGAGACCUGCAGCGGGCUACUGAAUUCAACCAAUGGAAGAAUGUUCUGUUUAUCAUUCAGUUUCUUCUUUCCUGUUUUUUGGGGUUUCUGCUGAUGUACUCCACGGUCCUGUGCAGCUAUUACAACUCGGCCCUGACCACGGCGGUGGUUGGAGCCAUCAAGAAUGUGUCUGUUGCCUACAUUGGGAUGUUAGUUGGUGGAGACUACAUUUUCUCCGUGUUAAACUUUGUAGGGUUAAACAUCUGCAUGGCAGGGGGCUUGAGAUAUUCCUUUCUAACACUAAGCAGCCAGUUAAAACCGAAACAACCUGUGGACGAAGAAAAUAUCCCUCCAGAUUUGAAGAGCUAGAAUCUGGGGCAAAAUUGCGGACUGACUUGUAGUAGGAAUGUGAAGCCAGAGGUUUCAGACUUGGGACAUUUACCCCCUGGGUAAAGCAUGGGAAUGUCUGCAAAAUGCAAAGAGAACUACCUCACGGGCCGCCUCGCAAUGAGCCGACGUCGCCCUGAGAAACACAUUUUGCCAAACCUUACCAGCUGAAAGCGAUUCUUCACAACAAGCCAUUGGGACCUGCUCAGGUAGAGCGCUGAGUGCUUGUCCACACCUGUGUUGACACUGUCCCAUCGCCACACCUGUGCUGAAGAGGAGGUCGAUGCUGUGGUGGGGACACUUUCUUUUCAGCACCUUGGCCUUAAUGUCAAAGGUCCCAGCCAAAGAAAAGUGCCAGUGAGAAUAUUUGUUUCACAAAAUUAGCCAAUUAAGUGCCCGUAAGGUUAUUUGUUAGCCUUGAUUUAAGCUAUGUUGGUGUCUUUUCCUAAUCAUCAAAGUAAAAUAAAAAAUAUUUCUGGGUG